CCCGCGGAGCUGGGGGUGGGCGGCUAGUUUUGCAACGGCAAAGAGCCUGUGGGUUUAUUAUAAGGCGGAGCUCGGCGGGAGAGGUGCAGGCCAGAGGAGACAGAGCUUGGCGCAGAGGAAGGAAUCUGGCAGUCGGGAGUUGACUCCAGCCGGCGGAACCUGUAGCCCUCGCUCGGGACAGCAGCGCGCUGGGCAGGAGCCCGGGACAGCAAAGCGCAGAGCGAUCAGCAGAGACGGCCCGUAGCUCCGUGCAACCCGCAACUCGGACCCACGUAGCCCGCCGAGCUCUCGCCGCCGGUCUGGGCAGCAUGAGACGUGCGGCGCUCUGGCUCUGGCUCUGCGCGCUGGCGCUGCGCCUGCAGCCUGCCCUCCCGCAAAUCGUGGCCGUAAAUGUGCCUCCUGAAGAUCAGGAUGGCUCCGGGGACGACUCUGACAACUUCUCUGGCUCGGGCACAGGUGCUUUGCCAGAUCCUUUGUCACGGCAGACAACUUCCACUUGGAAGGAUGUGUGGCUCCUGACAUCCACGCCCACAGCUCCAGAGCCCACCAGCAGGGAUACGGAGACUGCUCUCACCUCCGUCCUGCCGACUGGAGAGAAGCCUGAGGAGGGGGAGCCUGUGCUCCACGUGGAGGCAGAGCCUGGCUUCACUGCUCGGGACAAGGAGAAGGAGGUCACUGCUGGGCCCAGGGAGACCACACAGCUCCCUGUCACCCAACGGGCCUCAACAGCCAGAGUCACCACAGCCCAGGCCCCUGCCACAUCUCAUCCCCACGGGCAUGUGCAACCUGGCCUCCGUGAGACCUUGGCUCCCACAGCACCUGGCCAACCUGACCAUCAGCCUCCAAGUGUGGAGGAUGGAGGUACUUCUGUCAUCAAAGAGGUUGCCGAGGAUGGGACUACCAAUCAGCUUCCUGCAGGAGAGGGCUCUGGAGAGCAGGACUUCACCUUUGAAACAUCUGGGGAGAACACAGCUGUGGCCGCCGUAGAGCCCGGCCUGCGGAAUCAGCCCCCGGUGGACGAAGGAGCCACAGGUGCUUCUCAGGGCCUUUUGGACAGGAAGGAAGUGCUGGGAGGUGUCAUUGCUGGAGGCCUGGUGGGCCUCAUCUUUGCUGUGUGCCUGGUGGCUUUCAUGCUAUACCGGAUGAAGAAGAAGGAUGAAGGUAGUUACUCAUUGGAGGAGCCCAAACAAGCUAACGGCGGUGCCUACCAGAAACCCACCAAGCAGGAGGAGUUCUAUGCCUGAUGAGGAAAUAGUUCUCCCCACAACCCCUGCCACUCACUAGGAUCCCACUCGCCUCUUCUGUGAAAAACUUCAAGCCCUGGCCUCCCCACCGCUGUGCCGUCUCCUCUGCGCCCACACCCUUCCAGCUGUUCCUGCCCGAGCAGUCCCAGGGUGUGCUGGGAACUCAUUCCCCUCCUAUGACUUCCGCCUAGAAGCUUGGGUGCAGAGGGUUUCUUGCAUCUGAUCUUUCUACCACAACCACACCUGUCGUCCACUCUUCUGACUUGGUUUCUCCAAAUGGGAGGAGACCCAACUCUGGACAGAAAGGGGACCCAACUGCUUUGGACCUAGAUGGCCUAUUGUGGCUGGAGAAUCCUGGGGACAGGAGAGGGGCUUCGGCCGACAUGCCAUUAGCACUUAUCUGUAGAGACCGCUAGGGUUGGCCGUGCUGUGGUUGGGGGCGGGGCGGGGGACGGAGUCUAGGGCUCCUUGGAAUUCACUUCUCAUUGUGGGGAGGUCUACUUUAGACAACUUGGUUUUGCACAUAUUUCCUCUAAUUUCUCUGUUCAGAGCCCCAGCAGACCUUCUUACUGGGGUAAGGCAAGUCUUUUGACUGGUGUCCCUCACCUCGCUUCCCCAAUCUACAUUCGGGAGACCGAAUUGGGGUUAAUAAGACUUUUUUUUGUUUUUGUUUUUGUUUUUGUUUUUUUUUUAACCUAGAAGAACCAAAUCCGGACGCCAAAACGUAGGCUUAGUUUGUAUGUUGUCUCUGAGUUUGUCGCUCAUGCGUGCAACAGGGUAUGGACUAUGUGUAUGGUGCCCCAUUUUUGGUGGUCCCUAAGUAGGCUGACGAGUCCAGGAUGCUAUGGAGUGGUCACCUCGUGACCAGUCAUGCCUGUGUGCAUGGAUGCGGGGCCAUGGCCUGGGCCUGGGCCACUGUGACAUUGGAAGAGCCUGUGUGAGAACUUAUUCCAAGCUCAGUUUAGGGGUGAAGGGAAGGAGACUGCAGAGCUUUGGGGGAGGGGCUGCAAGGGUGCCCAAAAUUCUCCCACCUUUGGUACCAUCUCUGGUCACCCUUUCUCCUGGAAGCUGACAAGACACAUCAUGAGUGUGGCUGGCACUGGCUCCUCCAUCAAGAACCAAGUUCAUUUUCAGCUCCUGUGGCCCUGUCCCCAGGCUGGAAUCAGAAAUGUUUCCCAAAGAGUGAGAGUCUUUUGCUUUUGGCAAAACGCUACUUAAUCCAAUGGGUUCUGUACAGUAGAUUUUGCAGAUGUAAUAAACUUUAAUAUAAAGGAGUCCUAUGAA